AUGUCGAAGGAUCUAGGAGAGGAACAAGGAUUAUCAGGCUAAUCAUCUAGAUCAUUCUCUCCUUAACAACCUAGGAGGAAAAAAUAGUUUUAAAUUGAUUUUUUUAUUGAGUGGAAAUACAUUGAAUAAGAUUAAUUGAAACCAUAUUUUAGAGGAUGUGAAAGUACCAUAAUUAGCAUCAUUUAGUCACAAUAUGAUGUCAAGUCUAUUUAGCUGAAUCGAAAUAAUCAAAUUCCUGGGUUAGAGGGCACAGCAUUUUCAAUUAUUGAAUCUGAUGAUAGCAAGUUAAAUUUAUAACUUGAAGCCGUCAAUAAAAUACUUUCAUUAAUCGAAUAAAAGAAAAAUCCUACUUUUGAAAUGAUGAUGUUGAUACCUGAGGGUAUGGAAAUUCUAUAAACACUAGGAACUGUGUCAUAUUUAAUUGGUACAUCUGGAAAGUAAAUUAAAAAUAUUCAACUUGAAACAAAAACUGAUGUUGUCGUCAAUAAUGCCAUAAACAAAUUUUCCUUACGGUCAGUGAAGAUAGCUGGUUAGUCAGAUUGCAUCUACAAUGCUAUUAAAUUAAUAACAAAUAAAUUGCAUCAAAGAGGUAUUACAGAAGACGACUACAUCAAGAGAGCUGAACCAUUAGAUCCAGGAAAAGUUGUUACUAAGGUUUAACUUGUUUUUACAGAGAUAAUUAUUGAUUACAUUCUUAAAAAUAAGGAUCUAGAGAAGAAAUAUUAGAUAAAAAUGAAAGCCAAAAGUAUUAAUGAAGUGCCAAUCAAAAAUAAACUAAAGAAAGAUGAAGAGAUAUUACAGUUAGUUGGUACUUUGAAAAACGUGCAAGAAGCAAUUAAAUCUAUAAUUCGGAAAAUAAGUUCAUAAUUCAAGAGACUGGAAUUUGACGUAAGAGUAGUGAUGCCUUCUAAUUUUGCAUCCAAAUUGAUAGGAGCGAAGGGUUGUCAAAUAAAGGAACUUGCAAACAAAGCCAAAGGUGCGCAAAUAAAAGUUAUGUCUGAUAAGGAUGAUUCUGAUAUCGGAUAAUAUUGCUUGGUUUAAGUCAUUGGAUCAGUGGAACAUAAAUUAGAGGCUACAGUGUUAAUCUUGGAAUAGAUAGAGUGUUUCAAAAAUGGAGGACCUAUCCUUGAGAGCGGAAAGUACAUUAAUGAAAACUUUGCAUAACAAUACAAAAAUUCAGUUUCGAUCCAAGAUAUCAAACAAAAGAGAUAGAAAUCCUCAUCCUCCAGAUCAAGUAGAAGAUUGAGAUCCAGAUCAGAUUCAAACAAAAGACAUAAAAAAUAAAAAAAAUCUAGAUCAACUAGUUCAAACUAACGAAAAACCAAACAACAUCCAUUUUAGGCAAAGAUAGUUGUUCCAAUAAAUUUAAUUGAAUAAAUGAAGAAAAAAUUAAAUCGUAUUGGAAAAGAAUAGGGAGUUAAUAUAUAAGCAGAUAAUAAAGAAUUCAGAGAUGAAUUUGUCCUAAAAUUGAGAGGUGAAAUGAAAAAUUGCUUGAAUGCAAUCUAGCAUAUAUUAAGUGAAUAAUGUAAAUUAUAAAGAAGAUGA